AAAUGGCAAUUAGAGUGUAACCAAAACAACAAUAACGACUGAUAACGACAGUACGACUGGGUGCGACUCGGUGAAUUUCCAUUCCAAAACAUUGGCAAUUACCGUCAAGACGUGCGCCUGAACGCAACAGCGAAAAUGUGGCUAUACAAAUAUCUGUUCUAUCUAAUGUGCAACAACAUGUAUUAUGCGGCUGUGAGCAGCGAGCCCACACCGGCGAGCGCUGACUACUACAUCGGCGCUGUGGUUGAGUUUCCUGCGCGCACAGUCUCCGCAGCCGCCAGCACACAGGAGCGACUGCGUCAAUUCGGACAACUACUCGAGACGUCUGCCAUACGUCCGGAUAUUGUCGUCUUUCCUGAAAAUGUUUUGAAUGAUCGUCACACGCCCAUUGUAGUACCGGCACCUAGCGAUGAAGUGAUUACAUGUAGCGCCGAUGAAGCAUUCUACAGCUCUAUUAUCAGUAGCACAUCCUGUUAUGCACGCUCGCUGGGCUUGUAUGUGCUUAUCAAUGUGGUCGAGGUGCAGAAUUGCACGCAAUCGCCGAAUGUAGGAGAUUUAAUUGCCAACUGUGCCAUCUACAAUACGAAUGUGGUGUUCGAUCGGCGCGGCGCGGUGAUCUCACGUUAUCGCAAAUACAAUUUAAUCGGUAGCGAGUGGUUGUAUUUUAAUUAUACAUCGCAACCGGAGGAGGAGGCCAUAUUUCGCACGGAUUUCAAUGUAACCUUUGGGCAUUUUACACGCAUGGAUCUGUUGUAUGCGCACCCGGCGCAAGCUUUGGUGCAACGCGGCAUCACGGACUUUUUGCAUCCCAGCAAAUGGCAAUCGGAGCUGCCUUUCAUGACGGCGGUCCAACUGCACCAGUCCUGGGCUUUCAGCAACAAUGUCAAUCUGUUGGUUGCCGGCACCAAUGAUCCAAGAAAUGGACGCAGCGGCACUGGCAUCUACGCGGGCAGAAAUGGUGCGCUCAUUGCAAGCAUGACUAGCGACGAGAAACAAAGUAAACUGCACUUGAGUGUGGUACCCAAGCAUAAUGUUAGCAGUGAAACGGUGUUGGAAAGCUUCAACCAGCCUCAGAUCAACUCCAAAGCGCAGCUAAACAACAACAAUCAGAGCGUGUUGGAACGUUUCACAGGCGUCGUUGUAAUGCGUGACAAUGAUAUAGAUCUGUACAUGACGCAGCUGUUAGUAGACAGACCGCAGAUGAAUGUGCCGUUGCAACAACAACUCUGCCACAAAGAUUUGUGUUGCAAUUUCCAUAUAGAAAUGCAUGCGAAUCCGCUGGCCAAUGCGACCACAGUGAGCUAUUACUAUCGGCUGGCGGCGUUCCGUGGCAUGGGUAGUUUUCUCAAUACUGAACCCGAUGAGUUGGCCGUGUGUGCGAUCUUCGCUUGCACUGGCGAUCAUCUCUACACAUGUGGACGCAUCUAUGAGGAGUCCGUGCAGGUGGUGCCACGUUAUAUUUUCGAUGUAAUUCGUAUAAGUGGAAAUUUCACACGUCAAAGCCCGUGCCUACUGACGCCAACGAGUGUGGACAAUUUGUUAAUGCCGCUGCCUGUGGAUGCGUUCGAGUGGCGGUUGCAGGAGCUCGGCAACUUUACACUGGCAAAUGUUACUCUGGUACAACCGCGUUCCGAUCUCUUGACGUUUGGCAUUUAUGGGAACUACUUUUUGGAUGACACCAUAUACGAUCAUCAUCACAAGGACGGUGCUACCAGUUUGGCCUCGACUUUGUUGCUGAUUUUGCUUUUAAUACACUUGCAAAUUUAUUUGUAGAUUUUCAGUAGACUAUGUGAAAUUAUUGGGUAACAAAGUAAAGUAAUAGAAGUCUUAGAAAAAGAAGUCUUAAGAAUGUC